AUGGCCGAUCAACCCCAACGGCACCCAAACCUAAACCUCACUCCCGAGGAAAAGCGCGUCUUCUACCAGUUGUUCCAAGCAGCGGAUACCACGAACCUUGGUGUUAUUACCGGCGAAAUCGCGGUCCCCUUUUUCGAAAAGACACACUUGCCAUCUGGCACAUUGGGCGAGAUCUGGCAGCUUGCGGAUAAAGAGAACAGAGGUCUCUUGACCCCAUCUGGAUUCGGAAUCGUACUACGAUUGAUCGGACAUGCGCAAGCUGGUCGUGUGCCAUCCGAGGAGCUGGCUCUACAGCUCCUCACAGAGUCCUCCCCCGAGUGCGGGGGGCCCAUUCGAGUGCCUCCCCUCCAGCCUGAUGACGCAAACAAGUUCCUCUCCCUCUUCGAGAAAUCAGGUGUCGCGAACGGCAUACUCUCCGGCGAGAUUGCCAAACAGAUUUUCGAGCGGGCCAGAUUGCCCAACGAGACCUUGGGCCGGAUAUGGAAUCUCUCUGAUACCCAGCAGCGCGGAGCUCUUGAUGCGACGGAAUUCAUCAUUGCCAUGCACCUUCUGACUUCAUUCAAGUCUGGUGCGCUCCGUGGCAUCCCCCAGACACUGCCUCCUGGUCUAUACGAUGCUGCAGCUCGCCGAGGAUCUGGACGGGGAUCAUUCGGAGCGCGCCCGGAGGUGCCCCCUGUACCUGCAAUCCCUAAGCAAUUCACCGGUCCCCAGCGGACUUCGAGCCCCAUGAGCCCUGCCAGCCGAACUCAGUUUGGAACUCCUCUUUCAGCUCAGUCGACUGGCGACUGGCUGAUUAACCCUCAGGAGAAAGCGCAUUUCGAUAGCAUCUUUGAGACCGUGGAUACUGCUCGAGCGGGCGUGAUCACUGGUGACCAAGCCGUGGCUUUCUUCAUGAAGGCCCAGCUUUCUGAGGAGGUUCUUGCGCAGAUCUGGGAUCUCGCUGAUAUUGACGCUGAUGGUCAACUCACUCGGGAGGAGUUUGCCGUAGCUAUGUACCUCGUGAGAUUGCAGCGCAGUGGAAAGGAGCCUCUGCCUCAGACUCUUCCUCCGGCCCUGAUUCCGCCCAACAUGCGUCGACAGGCCCCAAUGCCUGGAGUCGGUGCUCCUCCCGCACCGGCCAUGGCACCUGCACCCCCUGCACCGGCAAUCCUUCCUCGAUCCGCUGCCGAUGACUUGUUCGGUCUUGAUUCACCCCCACCUCCAACUCAGCCGCAAGUCGCGCAGUCUACGGGUGGUUCUAACGUCCCCUUUCAAGCUCCUGGAUCACCUACUUCUCGUACCUCUUCACAGGGUGCGUCGACCACAUUCAAACCAUUCAUUCCGACAUCAACAUUCGGCCAGAGCCUACAACCCCAACAGACAGGAGCUUCGGCUGGCACACCCACAACCGCUCGUUCACCUCCUCCCCCAUCGGAUGAUUUGCUGGGAGACAAUGAUCCCGAGGAAUCGAAGAAGCUUACCAAUGAGACAACGGAACUUGCCAACUUGUCCAACCAGAUUGGUUCCUUGGCCAAGGAGAUGCAUAAUGUACAGGAGAAGCGCACUUCGGCGGAGCAGGACAUCACUCAAACUUCCCAGCAAAAGCGGGAUUUUGAAAGCCGCCUUGCCCAAUUGCGUACCAUGUACGAGCAAGAAGUGACCAAUUUCAAGGCCCUCGAAGAGCGGCUCCGAGUCUCCAAGGCCGAGACCACUAAGCUGCAGCAGGACUACGCUUUGGUCGAGGCCAGUCGCCAGGACCUGCAGAACCAAUACACUCAAGUUGCGACUGCCUUGGCUUCGGAUCAGCAGGAGAACACCAGUUUGAAGGAAAAGAUUCGCCAAGCCAAUGCGGAGGUUGCUCAACUUAAGCCUGCCUUGGAGAAGGCGCGUCUCGACGCUCGCCAGCAAAAAGGCCUAGUAGCAAUCAACAAAAAGCAGCUGGCUACAGUCGAGGGAGAGCGCGAUAAGAUUCAGGGCGAGAUUGACACUGUGUCCAAGGAGGCUGCUCUUGAUAACGAGGAACCGACACCCGUGGGCGCAAGUGAGGUUGCCAGCCCUGCUGCCUCUACCACCAGCCAGAACACCAACCCUUUCUUCCGACGAACAGCCACCGGUAGUUCGAUUGAACGUGGUCCUUCUCCGGACAAUUCCAACGACCACCAGAAGAUGUUUGAUAGCCUCUUCGGUCAGUCUGCCGCUGCUUCGGCUGCCGGCCCCCCUCCUACUUCAUUCCGUUCGGAGUCGCCUCUGGCUACGGCAAAGUCUCCUGUGACAUCCAAUGUCCCGACUCCAUCUGUGUCUCCUGGCCCUGGCAGCCUUCCUGGCGCUUUCCCUUCGGGAAACGAGCCUCCUCCUCCGCCACAGUCUCGACAGAUGACCCCAAACUUCCUGCCCUUCAAUGAGAAUCAGUCCGUGACAUCCUCUACCGUGGUUUCUCCCCCGGGCAGCCGAUUUGGUGGACCUGAUACUACCGGUGUGGCCACUCCCUCACAGGCUACCGUGAGUGAUCAGGGGGCUCCGUCCAUUGCGGAGUCUAGUGAUUACAGCCGUGGUCCUACUUCUGCUGUGGGUGAAACACCAGCACGUUCUCCAUUUGACGAAAUCCCCUCGCCUGCGGUGGCCGCUACUUCUGCCACUGGACCAACCGCACCUGCCAUCUCUCCAAACCCCACUGGAAACCAAGAGCCGAACAAGGACCCUUCCUUUGACGAACUUUUUGGUAGCAAGGCUCACAAGCGGUCCGAGUCGCAGAAUGCGAACGAUUUCGAGGAGGCCUUUGCUUCCAUGAAACCUUCAACUGACGGAGACAAGGCGAACGGUGCAGCAGCUGCACAGUCGGAAUUCCCUCCUAUCCAAGAGCUUCACCACGAUGAAGAUGACGAUGAGAGCUCGGAUGAUGAGGGUCCUCUGGGAUUUGACGAUAACUUCACCCCUGUUUCACCAAAUGUCACCAAAGAAGAAAAGCGAACCGAUUCCAUCGAUGCAGCCCAGCUCGCAGCCUUUCCUGCGCCGGGAACAGCUCAGCCUGCGACCCAGCCCCCAGCCGCUGACUCACAACAAAGUCCUCCGCAUUAUGAGACCAGCACUACCAACGACGACGCCGGCCAUGUUCCCGAGUACAGCGGACUGCUUCCCGACCGGGCGGAUCCUACUGUAGCUCCUGACGCUCCCCACUCCGUCGAAACGGGAACCGGAGCACCUAUGAUUGGCAACGAGCCCCAGCGUGACUCUCAGGAUGCUACCGUGGGAGGUGCAAAGACUAGCGGUCCCGAUUUUGAGGCAGCCUUCGCUGGACUUAACCUUGCUCCUGCCAAGGAGGCUGAGGAUGACGAUGAUGAUGAGCCUGCGGGUCAUGACACUAAGAAUGCCACCGAUUUCGACUUCUCCUUCGACUCACCGGCUCAGAAGCACGGAGCUUCAUCCAGCACUGAUGCUGGCCAGCCUGGCUCCUCCGAUUUCUUCUCUUUUGACAACAAUGCUCAAUCAUCGACCACCCAUGCAGUUGGAUCUCCCAAUGGCGGUAGCUCUCAAGCUACUGGCCACGACUGGGAUGCCCUUUUUGCACCCCUUGACAAUGCUAAGCCCGUGACCGAUGAAACCGCUAACGGAUCGGACCCUAAGACACCUGGCUGGGCCCUCAACACCGAUUCUGGUGAGGAUGACCAGAUCCUUCAGCGCCUGACGGGCAUGGGCUUCCCCCGAGAGGAGUCCCUCUCUGCCUUGGAGAAGUUUGACUAUAACCUUGACAAGGCGGCCGACUUCCUGACCUCGAAGACCUAA